GCCCCGCUCGCUCGCCUCUCCGCCGGCCGGCCUCCUGGACGCGGAUGUGUACUACCCCGAGGGCGCGCUGCGAGCUGUGCGGCGCGGGAGCGGACGUGCGCUGCGAGGCGGACGCGGCGUUCCUCUGCGCGCCGUGCGACGCCGAGGUGCACGGCGCCAACUUCCUCGCGUUCCGCCACCGCCGCACGCGCGUCUCCUCACCUCCCGGCCCCCAGGGCGCGUUGUCCCGGACGUCCACGGCCGAGUCCGCGACGCCGCCGUCGGAAAAGGGCCAGAAGCCGCGGGCGCGGGGCGACGCGGUGCUCGAGGGCUGGGCCAGGCGGAUGGGCCUCGAGGCGGGGGUGGCGCGCCGGCAUGCCACGGCGGCCGGCCGCUCGCUCCGGGCCCAGGUCGCCGCGGGGCCGCCACGCGUGCCGCUGCGCGUCGCCAUGGCGGCCGUGCUGUGGUGGGAGGUGGCAGCUCACGGCGGCGUCCACGAGCCCGGCGAAGCGCUCCGGCGCCUGGUGGCCUGCGCGCACGUGCCGGCGAGGCUCCUCAUGGCGGUGGAGUCGUGCAUGGUGCGCGGCCGCGCCAAGAAGAGGACGGCCGCGGAGGGCUGGGGGGAGUGCAGCUCACCACCCCACACAAGAGACAAGACAAGACACCAUCUUCUCCAAGACAUGACAUGACUCGUUCGCUUAGCAUAUUUUUUCUGUAAAUAAGUGAAGUAAAGAUUGGUCAAAUCUUGUGGUUUUCCGCUUCUUCUUCUUCUUCUUAUUCUUCUUCUUCUUCUUCUUCUUCUUCUUCUUCUUCUUCUUGUCACUGAUGGAGUAUUGAUGUUCGUUAGAUGUAACUUGUAACCCAACUAGAAGAGCAAAGUGACCGGCUUGGUGCAAAA